AAAACGUCGAGCUACGCCACUAGAUACAGUAAAUAAUCUUUCUUCGAGCAGAAAGUACGGAAAUUCGGGUUCAUCGGGAUAGCGAGAGCAGUGACAAUAAAGCGGAAGCUGGUAAAGUUCGUCUGCUAACCAGCUGACGGAUUUCGACUUAAUCUCCGAGGUCUUCUUAUCGCUCAAUAUCAAUUCAACGCCCUUUCACUCGUCCACGAGCAAUCCACGGUGGCUCGGUAGUCAUUCGUCGUUUGUUAUUGCAGUGACAAGUCUCGCUCGGUCUGACAACUGUAGAGUGUACAUAAGUACAAAAGACAGCAGGCAUGGUCGAAUUCGAAGGUAGUCUGACGGCUGACGCUGUCAUUUCAUGACGUGGAUAGGGGUAGGCGCGUGUGUACAAGUGAAACAUUAAUGUAGAAUUGGAACGGUAACAAGCAUUUGACGAUUGGGGAAAUUUUUUACGGGUCUUAGUUUUGUCCGAGCAUCGUUUAUUUUUUUAUUUCUUUUUUUUCCUUUUUUUUAUACUUGUGUUUAAAAAACAAAGAAACUACAUAUCGCUACUCGAAAUUACGUAAGUUUUAAUUGGUUCUCCGGUUAAGGAAUAUUAUCUCAGAUUAUACCGUCGCAAGCACGCGAUGUCAUAUUCAAUCAACAGGCGUCCCUUGCUGGCGGGAGUUAGCGAUAGCGAAUUCGAAGAUGAUUUGACCGAAGUUGACGACCCUAGUGUCGUCAUAAGGGAUGAAAAACCGCUUUUGAAGCCACAUGAACCUUUGGACAAAUACAAGUUGGCGUAUAUAAUUUUUUACUUCCUCGGAAUGAACACACUGAUACCGUGGAGUUUUUUCGUCACUGCUAAUGAUUACUGGAUGUACAAGUUCAGAGAAAUCCAUGUAAACAAUACUGGGAGGCAUAAUUACACUCACACCGAAAAUUUAGAGAAGAGAAAUGAUCUCCAGGCGAGUUUCACAUCCUAUCUCAGCGUGGCUAGCGCGAUACCAAAUACGCUUUUCCUGGUGGUCAACACGUUCAUAAGCAAAAAAAUGUCUCUGAGGAUGCGGAUGGUCGGUUCUCAGUUCAUAGUGUUCCUGUUGUUUCUCAUAACAACGGCACUUAUCAAGGUCAACACAGAUGAAUGGCAGAAUUUAUUCUUCAUAAUCACGUUAACAACCGUUGCAGCUAUCAAUGCUUCCUGCGCUAUUUUUGGAGGAAGUUUAAUGGGGAUAGCAGGGCGAUUUUCGUCUGGCUACAUAACGGCGAUGAUGGGUGGCCAAGCUUUAGGCGGAAUUUUCACAGCUCUCGCCGAAAUCGGUUCCCUCUGGAUAGGCGCCAGUCCCGUUCUCUCGGGUCUGGUGUACUUCAUCAUAGGAGAUGCGAUGCUGUUUCUCUCCUUAGUUGCUUACAUGAUCCUUGAGAAAGCAGUGUUUUUCAAGUACCACAUGCUUAAAGAACCUUCAGAGUCGUUAAUCGCAUCUGACAGAGAUAACCAUAUUGGUGGUGGAAAUUCCCAGGAUGUCGGUUAUGACGAGGGAGCGAUAUCUUACUUCAAGAUUUUCAAAAAGAUCUGGCAUUACGGUCUAAGCGAAGCGAUUACAUUCUUAGUUACCAUAUCUGUUUAUCCUGCAGUUACUGUACUCGUAGACAGUCAAAAUAAAGGACAAGGUCAUGCAUGGAAUGAUAUAUACUUCAUCCCGGUAGUUGCCUACCUUUUAUUCAGUAUAGGCGACUACGCAGGGAGAAUAUUGGCAGGAAUUUUAGAAUGGCCAAAGAACAAGCCAUGGGUAGUGAUUUUCCUGAGCAUCAUACGAGCUCUUUUCGUACCAGCGAUUAUGGUGUGCAAUGCACAUCCCAGACAUCAUCUUCCCGUUUACAUAACUGACGACAUCGAUUACAUCCUGAUAACCAUGUGCUUUGCCUUCACCAACGGUUACCUUUGCAACAUUGUUCUGAUAUUAACCCCGCUCGUCGUCGAACCCGAGGAAAAAGAAGUUGCCUCUGCAAUGAUGGGUGCCUUUUUGGGCGCAGGGUUAACAAUAGGUUCAGUUGUUAGCCUGGGGAUGGUGAAAUUACUGUGAUUAAUUUUUUUAAGAACACUGCUGUA